GGGCGGCGCGUCUAGGCCGGAGCCGUUCCCAGGGUGCGCUCGGUGUCCACAAAGCGCCAGCUGAGGGGCCGCUGCGGGCCGAACGCCGCUGAGCCUGCCCGCCGUCUCCCAGCCUCGCCCGCCGGCCGCACCGCCUCCGCUGCGUCCUCGCGCCCCGAGCAGCCGCGCGAGCCCGGGCGGGGAAGGCAGGACCGGGCGGGCGCCGCCUGCGGAGAGGCCGGGGGCCGGCCUGCGUGGGACCGCGCGGCGGCGGCGGCGACUCCGGCGACUGCGGGCCGGGCCGGACACGGCGCAGGGCCAUGGCCGAGGCGGCGCCGGCUCCGACUUCUGAAUGGGACUCUGAAUGCCUUACAUCCCUGCAGCCCCUUCCUCUUCCCACGCCCCCAGCAGCAAAUGAGGCGCACCUGCAGACCGCAGCCAUCUCCCUGUGGACGGUGGUGGCAGCCGUGCAGGCCAUCGAGAGAAAGGUGGAGGUCCAUAGCCGGCGACUCCUACACCUAGAAGGACGGACAGGGACAGCAGAGAAGAAGCUAGCCAGCUGUGAAAAAACAGUGGCUGACCUUGGGAACCAGCUGGAGGGCAAGUGGGCCGUGCUGGGGACCCUGCUGCAGGAGUACGGGCUGCUGCAGAGGCGGCUGGAGAACCUGGAGAACCUGCUGAGGAACAGGAACUUCUGGAUCCUGCGGCUGCCCCCGGGCAUUAAAGGAGAUAUCCCAAAGGUGCCGGUGACAUUUGAUGAUAUCUCCAUCCAGUUCUCCACUCCAGAGUGGGACAAACUGGAAGAACGGCAGAAAGAACUUUACAAGAAUAUCAUGAAGGGCAACUACGAGUCUCUCAUCUCCAUGGAUUAUGCCAUGAAUCAACCUGAUGUCUUAUCUCAGAUUCAGCCGGAAGGAGAACACAAUACAGAGGAGCAGCCAGGACCAGAGGAAAGUGAGAUUCCCACAGACCCCAGUGAAGAGCCUGGCAUUUCAACAUCAGAUAUUCUGUCUUGGAUCAAACAAGAGGAAGAGCCCCAGGUUGGGGCCCCACAGGAGACCAAGGAGAGUGACAUGCACAAGGGCGCCUAUGCUGAUGAAGAUCUCGUCAUCAAAGCCGAAAGCCUCGCCAGAGCCUCCUUGUGCCCAGAGGUCCCAGUCACCUUCUCUUCACCACCGGCCGCGAAGGAUCCUUUUCCGGAUGUGGCUUUCAAAAGCCAGCCGUCCGCCUCCAUGGCGCCUUUUGGACGUCCGGCCACGGACCUGGCCGAAGCCUCCGAGGGCCAAGUGACCUUUACUCAGCUGGGCAGCUACCCCCUGCCCCCUCCCGCCGGGGAGCAGGUGUUCUCGUGCCACCAGUGCGGCAAGAGCCUCAGCCAAGACAUGCUGCUGACCCACCAGUGCGGCCACACCGGGGAGCACCCCCUAGCCUGUGCCCCGUGCCCCAAGCACUUUCCCCCGCAGGCCGAGCUCGGUGGCAGCUCCCAGCCCCACGCCAGCGAGACGCCCCCCACCUGCCCGCACUGCGCCAGAACGUUCACGCACCCGUCGAGACUCACCUACCACCUGCGCGUCCACAACAGCGCCGAGCGCCCCUUCCCCUGCCCCGACUGCCCCAAGCGCUUCGCCGACCAGGCGCGGCUCAGCAGCCACCGGCGCGCGCACGCCAGCGAGAGGCCGUUCCGCUGCGCGCAGUGUGGCCGCAGCUUCAGCCUGAAGAUCAGCCUCCUGCUGCACCAGCGGGGCCACGCGCAGGAGCGGCCCUUCUCCUGCCCGCAGUGCGGCAUUGACUUCAACGGCCACUCGGCCCUGAUCCGCCACCAGAUGAUCCACACGGGCGAGCGGCCGUACCCGUGCCCGGACUGCAGCAAGAGCUUCAUGCGCAAGGAGCACCUGCUCAACCACCGGCGGCUGCACACGGGCGAGCGGCCCUUCAGCUGCGCGCACUGCGGCAAGAGCUUCAUCCGCAAACACCACCUCAUGAAGCACCAGCGCAUCCACACGGGCGAGCGGCCCUACCCCUGCGCCGACUGCGGCAAGAGCUUCCGCUACAAGCAGACGCUCAAAGACCACCUGCGGUCGGGCCAUGGCGCGGGCUGCGGGGCCGACAGCGACCCCUCCGGGCAGCCGCCUGGCCCCCCGGGACCCCUCCUCCCGGCGCUCGAGGCCCCGGGCCUGGCCGCGAGCACCGAGGGGCUGGAGGCCAGUCAGUGGUACGACGGGAGCAGAGGGAGCGUUCUGUGAGCCUCGCUCCUCCGGGGGCUGGCUGUGCUCCGCUGUUUCCCGCGCCCGAGAGCCCCUCCACGCCCUCCACCCCCUGCAGCGAUCGCUCUGCGGCUCCCCGGCGACUGGGGAUCGCAGACACUUGACUAGAGACAUGCUGGAAGUUUGGAACUUCACAACAUCCCAAGAACACAUUUCGAAAUCCGGAAAGACCUGGAAGGGAGCCCGGCAUCCCGAUCUUUACAGAAGUAUUACCUAAGCAGAAGUUAUGUAAGAGGGGUACAGAGAGGUUGGAAAGCGAGAUUUGGCCCGGGUUAGUCCAUCCCAGGGUGAUAAGUUGAUACUGACUGUGGCUCUCGGUAGAGACAGGUGCAUGGGAGGAGCCUCCAGAUUUGGAAGCCCAGCAUGAGGCAUGAGGGUGUUUCAUUGAACCUCAUUGAUUCCCUGAUGAUAAGAUGGUGGUUAGAAGAGAGUGUUGGACCCUCGGGCAGUGGUACCGCUUCUCCCUGGUAGCAGCUUAAAGUCGACUCCUGUGCUCAAGCGCUGUCUCUCCCGGAAUGGUAAUGCAAGACUGCCUUCCUAGGUUUCCUAGAUUAAUUCUUCUGAUACACUUUGUUUAAUUUGGGUGGAGAGCAAGAAGUCUG